AUGUCUUUCGCCGUUGUGUCGACUGUUGAGCUGGCCGAUCCUUCGCUGGACCUUGCCGAUGUGCAGGCUUCGCUGAGCGUGUUGCAACAAGCCGUCCACCAGACCGAGGCACUGCGCGAACUUCGCUCGAAUCAUGAGGCUCUGCGCCGCGAGUUUCUGGCUUCGCGUCGUCGUGUGGAAGAUCUAGAUCGUCAGCUUGCCGAUGCGGCCAACGCUGCGUCUCCGUACGUGCUCUUUUGCCAGCACAAGUACGAUGUGAUUCGCCACAAGCUGGAAUCUACUCGGACAGAACUCGCUCCAGGAACGAAUUCGCCUUAUCAAGAACAAGUGCCUUCGGUUCAAGAACAGAGACUGUAG